AUAGUGAAAAAUGCCUAAAAAGAAGACUGGUGCUCGUAAGAAAGCGGAGAACCGUCGUGAACGUGAAAAGCAGAUAAGGGCAUCAAGAGCCAACAUAGAUUUAGCCAAACAUCCUUGUAAUGCUUCAAUGGAAUGUGAUAAGUGCCAGAGACGGCAGAAGAAUAGAGCUUUUUGCUACUUCUGUAACUCUGUUCAAAAAUUACCCAUUUGUGCACAAUGUGGAAAAACCAAAUGCAUGAUGAAGUCUUCAGAUUGUGUUAUAAAACAUGCUGGUGUGUACAGUACUGGACUAGCAAUGGUGGGUGCAAUCUGUGAUUUCUGUGAAGCUUGGGUGUGUCACGGGAGAAAGUGUCUCAGCACACAUGCCUGUAUCUGCCCUCUUGCAGAUGCAGAAUGUAUUGAGUGCGAAAGAAGCGUCUGGGACCAUGGAGGCAGAAUAUUCGCCUGCUCUUUUUGCCACAAUUUCCUCUGUGAAGAUGAUCAGUUUGAACAUCAAGCCAGCUGCCAAGUUCUGGAAGCAGAGACAUUUAAAUGUGUGUCCUGUAACAGGCUUGGGCAGCAUUCAUGCCUGCGUUGUAAGGCAUGCUUUUGCGACGAUCAUGUGCGAAGUAAGGUUUUCAAGCAGGAAAAAGGAAAAGAGCCUCCCUGCCCUAAAUGUGGCCAUGAAACUCAGCAGACAAAGGAUCUGAGCAUGUCAACACGCUCUUUGAAAUUUGGCCGACAAACCGGAGGUGAAGAUGCAGAUGGAGCUUCUGGUUAUGAUGCGUACUGGAAGAGCCUCUCCUCCAGCAAGGCUGGAGAUGCAGGUGAUCGUGAGGAUCAGUAUGAUGAAUAUGAAGCAGAAGACGACGAUGAAGAUGACAAUGAUGAGGGAGGGAAGGAUUCUGAUACUGAGACCACAGAUGUAUUCAGCAAUUUGAAUUUAGGAAGGACCUAUGCUAGUGGGUAUGCACAUUAUGAAGAACAAGAAGAUUAAGCUUAGUAUGCUGGCAAGCUAAAACACUUGGAAGGAGUAAACAGUGCUUCCCUUGAGUUGUGUACAUGCCAGUAGGAUGACUCUAUCAGGUACUUACAUAUCAAAGUUAGGGAGUAAAGAGUGUGGGACUUCUGCAGUAACUCCAGGUGAGGUU